UUGUUUGUUGGAUUUUGGACACUUCUUAUCACAUGUUUAUUGACGAGUGAGUGAUGUAAAUUGAAGAUUAUAGCACUGAAUGUGCGAAUAUUCUGUCUUUUUUGGAAAGUUCGUAUCAUCAAGUUUGAGUAUUUUUAAAUAUUCAUAUGAUGAAAUAAGCGUAAAGGAUGACCAUGGAUGUUGGUCGCAUAUGUAAGGUUCACAAGAUGAAGGUAAUUUUGGCGAGUGUUGUUCUGGUGGCAGCUGUGUUGUGCGCUGUUUUAGCUGCUGUGAACCCUGAUGGUACUCAAAACUCGAAACAACUGAUGUUAGUUCACGUGGUUAUGAGGCAUGGUGCCAGAACUCCAGCUUCAACAUAUCCAAAUGAUCCAUAUGCAAAUUCCAGUUUUCAUCCUUUUGGUUGGGGUCAAUUGACAAACCAAGGCAAGCAUGAACUUUACGAAAUAGGAAGAUUUUUGAGGAGGCGUUAUAACGCGUUUUUAGGAGAAAGAUAUACCCCUAGCCUAUUUUACACACAAUCUACUGAUGUUGAUAGGACCAAAGCAAGCAUGCAGAUGGUCAAUGCUGGUCUUUGGCCCCCCAAAGGAGAUCAAGUUUGGGGUCCCAUCCCUUGGCAACCAAUACCCGUACAUUCAGAGCCGCUGGAGGAGGACAUGCUACUCCUAGUGAGAAAACCAUGCGCUCAAUACUCCUUGGAGAUGAACAGAGUAAAGGAUCUACCAGAAAUUAAGAAAAAACUGCAAAAUUUCCGUCCAUUGUUCGAGGAGAUUUCAAGACAUACAGGAGCCCAAAUGAAAGAUUUCGCUGACGCUGAAGAUGUCUAUAGUACCCUUCUUGCUGAAAAAAAUUUAAAUCUUUCCUUACCAGAUUGGACAAAAGAUUAUUUUCCAGAAAAACUAGAGCAACCUACGGUCUUUUUCUACGUUUUCAAUUCAUAUACGGAUAAAAUGAAGAGAUUGAAAGGUGGCGUUCUUCUGGAUAAACUCAUCAAAGAUUGGAAGAAUAAAUCUGCAGAUACUUUGUUACCAAGAGAAAGAAAGGCUUUCCUUUAUGGAGGUCACGACUCCACCAUUACAAACCUCCUGAGCGCCCUUAAUGUUUGGGACCCUCAAAUACCAGGAUAUGGGAUCACCGUAUUGUUUGAAAUGUCUAGAGAUAUGGAGAGUGGACAAAUUGGAGUAGAAAUUUACCUCCGAAACUCAACGAAUACCGAUCCAAUCCUGCUCACCCUACCAGGCUGUCAAAGUUUCUGCCCGUUGAACAAGCUGGUAGACCUAACAAAACCGGUAAUUCCCCUGAACUGGAAGGAGGAGUGCAAAUCAGAUGAUCCGACAUACAUACCACCCCCAUCGGGUGGUCCAUGAAGCAAAUGAACCAAAAUACUCAUCAGAAGGAAGUUGAAGAAAAAUAUAAUCUAUAAAUAAGUUAGUUGUUAUUUUAAGUAAUUAAGUACAACUUUUUUAUUUUUCAAUUAAAUAUUUUUU